UUUCCGACGGGCUGCCACUGGAACCCACACAGCCCAUCGAAGACGGCGGUGCCGAGCGGUUGCCGAACAGUUUUCCUCAAGCCGCUGCCACGCAGCUGACAGUCGCGAAGUGUCAUUCGCCAGCUGAAAACGCACGUACGGUCGCGUACAGACAAGCACGGAGCUCCUUUUUCCAAAGAGUGAAACGAGGGCAGAGAGUCCAAAAAGCAUCAAACAGUGGACUUGCAACGCAAUUGUAAAGAAAGAAAACUAUUAGAUCGUCUGUUUGAUUAAAAAAUACCUGCUCAUACUGUUGAAAAGUGGAAAGCUUGUGCAAUAACAUUGGUUUUUUUCCCCGUACACACUCCUCGUAAGCAACUAAAGACCGAAAGCGAUACAGCGAGCACUGCUGUACGCGCUCCACGUCGCAAACAAUGUCGUACUGAACAAAGUGCCUAGUGAAUUGUAUUAUGUGCUGGAAAACGUAGAAACAGUUUGAAACGUUGGAAAUUAACCAAUUACUCAGAAAGGACAUAAUACAGUGCCAGUGAACGCAGCAGUGUGUCGUAUCAAGUGAAGGCAAAGUGAGAGCUCCAACAAGAAUCCUUUUUUUCGGCCUUUCUCGGAAGCACACAGCUAGAAAGUAUCAACAACAUCAACAGCAUUACCGGAGCGUGCGAUACGAGCGAUUGGAUUGCUAUAUUAGCAAACAGGACAAGAACAACAAGGAUAGCAACGGCACAACAUACACACACGCACGCUCAGGUUCACAGAAAAAAAGGAAACGCACACGCAGCGAGGAAACGGUUCAACAAGAUUAAUGUAAUUCGCCUGUACGCUGAAGGAAGGGAAUUUUUCAGAAACCAGCAGAACAACGAGCCGCAACUACACGCCCAAAAACACCGCGGAACACUUUAAAGUGAUGAUCUAGAGCGCAAAUAUGUCAAAUACUGACACAUCGACGACAGUGGCAGCAUGGACAACUACUUGGCAACGCUUGAUGCUGGCCGCCGGUCUGCUGGCGCUACUGCUGUCCGGCGGUGGCACUAACAUCCUCGCCUCGGCCGAGGGCAACAUCGGUUGCCUCUUUGCGGAAACACUUUGCCUGGAACACCUGGAGUGGUGCUACGAUGACUUCGCCUUUGGAAAGUGUCUGCCGCAGUACGGGCUGGAACCGGAGGAGCUGUUCCGCAAGCCGCUGGAGGAGGACCAGAGCCGCAUCCUGGCGCGCAUGCUCGAGGAGCUCCAGGGAGCCGGCCUCGGCUGGGAGCACCCGUUCACCCAGUGCCGCAUCCAGGGCGCCCUCUUCGCCAUCCGCACCAACUCGGAGAUCCCGCAGACGCUGUGCGCUAACCUAGCGCCCGACCCGGAGAUCCUAGGCCCCCAGAGUCCGCUCGCCUUCGUGCGCUUCACGCCGCCGAACGAGGAGUACGCCGACGAGGUAUACUACCCGCCGCCGAAGAAGGCAUUCGCCCGGCACCAGCUCGACCUGCCACCGGUAGAGCUCGAUGUGCUGCCGGAGGUCGUUCAGCUAGAUCCGCGUGGACCUUCGGCCGAACUGGAACGGGCCCGGCUGCAGGAGCUGCAGCGACGGAUCGCUCUCGGACGAACGAUGAAGCAGCAGCAGCAACAUCCGCCGGACGUAACGGACUACCUGGACAUGGGCGCGGAGGUGAACGAGAUCGAGGACAGCCAGCUGUUGCCGUUCAAGGCGGCGGAAGAUGAGCGCGACUGGGCGUACGGUGCGAACAAACGGGGCUCGACCGGUAUCUUCCGCGACCAGCAGGCAGGAGGAGGCAACGAUGAGGAGCGUGCCCUGAAGGAUCUCGUCGACCGGCUAACACCGGCCGAUGUUGAUCCGGAGUUUGAGUACAUCUACCCGAAAACGUCCUCCUUCCGCGAGUACGCCAAGGAGCAUCACAUCCCGAAGAUUUCGAACUUUGCACCGGAAAACGUUAACCGACUGCAGCAGGAGGCGGCGGGCGCAGCGAAAGCGAACGACCCGAACGUGGACAAGUUCUACACCCAUCCGCACAAAGCGCUGCCCCAGCACGCGCGGAACGAGAUACCGGCGGCGGGGAAUUUGCGCGAGUCGGCGGUGGCCGCGUACGCACCGGGACCGGAAGCGGGCGGUAUGUACACGGAGGGUGGCUUCGUGUACGUGCCGAAGUCGGGCGGUAGACCGGGCAAGGACGAGGCGCGCACCCUGCUGGACAACAUCCUGGGAUUUACGCGUCGCGAGCGGUUGGACGUGAAGAAGCCGGGACCACCGGCAGCACCACCACCGUCCAGCCAAAGCCCGAGCGAACCGCCCAAGGAGACGGCCCCGUCGCAGGAUAAGGCUCACGGGGAGGAGGGGGAGAAGCGGCCCAAGUCCAAGAAGGAGCUGUUUGCCCACACGGAUGACGAUCAUGCACCGCACUCGGUCGACACGGAGUACGCGCAUGUGAUCCUGAAGAACCCGAUCGAUAACUGGAAGGAUGGGUCGCGCAUUGUGGCGGCGCUUGCCGAGCUGCUAAACAUGCAGGGCUACUUCACGCAUCCGCGUGUCGACCGGCACGAGGUUUCGUUCCGCGUGGAGGCAAAUCCGGACCGCAAAACGGCCGCUGACGUCGCGAAGCAGAUCAACGACAGCCGCUUCAAGAACAAUCUGUCCCGCCGGCUGGGCGUGCUCGUCAUACAGGCCGGCGUGGGCGACAAGACGAAGGAAACGGACGUCUCCUCCCAGCGGCUGAAGCGCGUCGAGGACGGUCCGAACGUGACGCACGUGAUGGCGUACAUGUUUGCCGGGGCCGGAGCGGCUGCAGUAAUUGUGGUCGCGAUGACGCUGUUCCUCAUCCGCAAGCACGACAAGAAGAAGGACAAGCUCGGCGGACUGCAGUCGGGAUUGGGCGGGGGCGAUAGUUCGAGCAAAGACUAUCAGGACCUGUGCCGGGCCCGAAUGGCGGGUGGAAAGACGGGACCGGCCGGUUCCGAUUCGCCCGGCGGACGCAUUACCGCGCUGACGAAGGAAGCGGAAGCGCGGCCACCGUCGUCCCGGUCGAGCACGUCCUCCUGGAGCGAGGAGCCGGCGCUAACGAACAUGGACAUCUCGACCGGCCACAUGGUGCUGUCGUACAUGGAGGACCAUCUGCGCAACAAGGGUCGCUUGCAGCGAGAGUGGGAAGCGCUCUGCCGGUACGAGGCGGAACCGAGUGCACGUGAUGCGGCGCUGCAGGCGCAGUGUGCCCCGCUGAACCGUCCGGGCGCCCCGUUACCGUACGACCAUUCGCGCGUUGUGCUGAACCAUCUGGCGAACGCGGAGGGCAUGGAUUACAUCAACGCGUCCACCAUCACCGACCAUGAUCCGCGUGCGCCCGCGUACGUCGCUGCCCAGGGACCGAUGCAGUCGACGCUGGCCCACUUCUGGCAGAUGGUGUGGGAGCAGGGUGCGGUCGUGCUGGUUGCACUGUGCCGGCUGCAGGAGAACGGCGAAUCGGCCUGCGCUCGCUACUGGCCGGAGGAGGGCGCCGAGGUGUACCACAUCUACGAGGUGCACCUGGUCAGCGAGCACAUCUGGUGCGACGACUAUCUGGUGCGGUCGUUCUACCUGAAGAACCUGCGCACCGGCGAGACGCGAACCGUCACCCAGUUCCACUUCCUGUCCUGGCCGCAGGGCGGUGUGCCGACGUCCGCCAAGGCGCUGCUGGACUUUAGGCGCAAGGUGAACAAAUCGUACCGCGGCCGCUCGUGCCCGAUCGUCGUGCACAGCAGCAACGGAUCGGGCCGCACCGGCGCUUACAUUCUGCUCGACCUGGUGCUGGGUCGCAUGAACAAGGGCGCACGGGAAAUUGACAUUGCCGCCACGCUGGAGCAUCUGCGCGAUCAGCGGGCCGGACUGGUAGCGACCAGGCAGCAGUUCGAGUUUGUGCUGAUGGCCGUCGCGGAGGAGGUGCACGCCAUCCUGAAGGCGCUGCCCCAGUCCACCAGCGGCAGCAAGGGCUCGCAGGAUCAGGAGAAGGAGGGCAAUGGGGUCGCCCCUGAGGCAGGUGGCAAAGCCACCGACAAACCCGUGGACAAAUGAAGUGAAAGAAAGACGAUUAGUUAAGGAGAGGAAAGGAGAAAGCUUUUCUUUGUGUGAAAAUAGUUCGGUUUGCCAAGCGAUGGUAGUUUUGAGAAGGGGAAAAAAUGGGAGUCUUUUAAACGAAGUAUCUUUAUUGUGGUCUUGGUUUUGAGCAAAGCCAAGCCAAGUUACUGUUGUGUUUCAAUGUGUUUAACCUGUCACCCUCUGUGUAAGUGAAUUGUUUUAGAUGAAUUUAGCGGAACUUAGAAGAAAAUACAGCUUCCAAGGUUAGUUCGACCCCGUUUUCUGGGGCAGAAGUGUCAGCUGGAAGCGCAACUUUGGCAUAUGACGACAAAAAACCAAGCUAUCGAAUGUAAGCGGAAACUAUCGAUUGUCUAGACGAUGCAGCGAACCCGAAUGCACGCACUCAUACUGGAAGACGGCACAAAAUGAACUGAACAGGCAAACCAAACAACCACAAACAAAUGUAUUUAAAAGUUACACAAACAAUCACACAUACACACAAAAUUCUGCACCAGAAAAAAAGUGGCAAGAAUGGCACGGUAAAAGCUAAAUCAGCCGUUCUGUUCUGUAGCAAAGCGAGGCAGCGGUAAGCAGAGUCAAGCGUUUCGAUUGCCGUUUCCCGAUCGGUCCACUGUGUCCACCAGCCUGCAGAGUGGUUCGACCGGGAAGUGUACACGGCAGGAAGACACGUCCCCAAGCAGACCCGCUGCAAGCAAGAUCGCAAGCUAUUAGAGGACCGCGAUCAACACCUUCUUUUGAAUAUCAUCCUUGCACCAAAAAUCGCCGACAGGGACAACGUAUCAUACACAUCACUUACUAAUCACACACACACACACAACUCACACAUCUCAGCGCAUUGUUACUUAGCUUAGAAUGGGGGAAGCUGAGCCACACCCGGGCCCCACUCCUUCGAACACACACAUCACCUAUGUACCUCCUAUUAUAGCAGUGUUUGAACAAAACGCUGCAAACAAACAACAAAAUACCCCAUUUCCACUCUUAUCUUGGGGCAAUCAGUGUGUGGGUGUGUCUGCAUGCGGACCAGGGACAGUUUGAUGGCAUGGCCAGAGGACGAAGCUAUUUAUCCUACCAUACCGUACCAUAUAACAAAAAAAAACACACACAAAAGGACAUACCAAAUGGAAAUACAAAAUCGCCAUACAUAUAUCUAUACAUACAUACAUUAUAUAUACAUAAAAUAUAUAUAUAUAUAUACAUAUAUACAUGCAUUAUUAUAUUAUAAAACCAAACAGAGAUAGAGAGAGAGCGUAUAUCGUGAGAGAUGAGUACAGAUAACUCCCCAAAAUAACUAUAUUUUAAGCCCACUGGGAACCCGCUGGCGCUGAUAAUGAUGAUUAUGAUUAUAUGUUGUGGAAAAGAUUAGUGAAUUGAAAAGUAUAUAUUUUGUGUGGGAAGCGUUAAAAGAACGUAGUGUAAAGCAUGAUCUAGAAAAGCCUAGGAAAAGAGAGAGAGAUAGGUUCGUUUCGUACAACAAAGAAGGGAGCGAUUUUAAAUCGCCUAACACUAUCAUCACCACAGAAGGAAUUCAAAACCGCACAAACCGCAUGUCCACAGGACUUACGGAACCGUUUCUCAACCUUUGGUGCAGCUAUUAGGUAGGAGUAAAUAACAAAACAACAGCAUCCCAAAAUGAUAGCUUAAAUGUGAACAAGUACAUUUGAUGUGCUCCAGGUAGUAAGCAGGAACCAGGAUACAAACAUAAACCGCCACAGAAGAACCUUCACACCACAGGUGAGAGGGAUUUCUUUAGAAAGAGACGAAUGAACGAACCGCAAUGGUAAAGAUCGGGAUGAAAGAGGCACAAUCGAAGGGCAAAUUGGAGGGAGUGAUUUUUAAAUCAGGGAGAAAACGGGGAAGAAAAUAUAUAUUUUUUUAUUCCUUAUUGAAGUAUUGGUCGCCGCACACGACGCAACGGCUACUGCCACUUUGCAAACCGGUGCGUGUGCAAACAGCAGUGCACUCACACGAGAAAACGCGGUGCGGCACGGAAUACAUUUACAGCGGCACCGUCGCGUGUUGAGCGCGCUAACGCACGCGCGUUACGCGUUACUUUGCUGUGCAGUAGCAGAGUAGCGUGCGUGUGCGGUGCUAGUGCAACCAAUUUAGUAUACAUACUCACACGUAUAGAAAGCAGCAACCCUACCACACAAACAUACACUUAUUAGAGAAACUGAAGCGCAAAGCCUGCAUUUUUAGUGUUAAUGUAACGUAACGAAACCCAAAGAGGCAACUAAGGCAACUACUACAACAAGCGAGAUGUAAUUGUUCGAUGAAAAUGUGUACUUUAUGAAAGUAACGAAACAACCGUUACCGCUUAUUCCAUUUUAUCCCAAAUUUAGUGAUUUAAUGUGUGAUUCAACGUAUGCAUGUUACUAUACUAUAACAAACAAACAAACAAAACAAGCGCACUCACACAAUCUAUCUGCGAAAGAGCGUGCAACACUAUCGCGGUGAGUGUGCGUGUUCACUACGGUGUUGCUUAGCCACUUAACGAGAUUAAGUGUAAUUUACAGAACAAAAAACCAGCUCAAAUCACGUACUUUCUCGCUCGCACAGCACGGUACGGUAGUGUUCCAAGUUGUGACUCUCCCAAGUUCCACGCAAGAUCAUGGCACGCAAGAGCUGUCUGACAGCUCGAAGCCCUCAACUCCAGCCUGUUGAGGGUUUCGAGGCUGCAAUUUGACAGAUGGGGAGACACAAACCGCAAGGAACACGCACGGCACACUGUGCCUCGAUCUAAUCAAACAACAAUCAAUCCACGACAUGGCGCACACUUAAGCUGGGUUGUGCUUUUCCUUCGAUUCGUUUGCUUACCAUUCAGUUUAGAAGAUCGCGCUAUCUAACGCUUGACCGUACACAAUACCUUUUCGGUCGGUGUUUGAUUCUUUUUUGUUUUCUCUCGGGGGCAUUCAAUUUCCAAUCCACCUCGCCAAAAGCUGCACCACACAGAAUGGUGGCAAAGCAAAUUAUGAAACCAAGCAAAAAUGUAUGCGCAACUUACAGUGAAAUUACAAUUAUGUGAAGAUUUGCUUAUCCCAAAGCAUCAUCUCCAUGGUGACGAACACCGGUCACGAUUUGCACAAAUUUGUGUAUGAAUAACAACCACAAACGGAUCAAUGGAAAAGACGCUCAACACGUGCCGGCUCAUGUUGUGUGGUGUGAGUGUGUAGCGAGAAAACAUUAUGGUAUGAUACAACAACAAAAAAUAAUAAUGCGACAGCAAACUCUAUAUAAUAAAUUGGCGCAAGAGGGCGGUAGUGAUUUGUUUACACUUUACAAGAACAAGGCAAAGCGGAAACAUGGACAAUUCUAUCAUGAAUAAACAACUAAAACUAAACGAACAAGGAAAACAAACAAACACGAUCCAUGUGAAGUAGAAGAGGGCAGAAAAAAAAAUGUGGCAGAAUAAUUAGCAGACGAUGAAGAGGGAAAAAACGAAUUAAUCAGAGACUGAGUAAAACACUGAGAAAAAAAAAUAAACAAACAAACAAACAGACAAACUUUCAAUUACACGCCCAUUCACAAGAGAACAUUAGUUUCAUCCUGUUAUCACGCCAGCACGGCAGCAAAACCAUGGGCACUCCCCCACUGCGAGCGCAUUAUCUAAGUAAGAAAGAUGAAAAAUAAACCGGAUUAUGUUUCAAUACAACUCUACCAUAAACUCUCACUGUCUCUUUUAGUGUAUGUUUAGUGCUUGGACGGAACCUGUAGUGAACGGCUUGUUUCAUUCGCUCGCUUUCUUAGCGUUCAGUUUCACAGUUGUUUUGGAUUGGCAUUUUUAUCUAUCCCGCGUUAUACACAACACACCCAACAUACUAAACUCGAACUCGAAUCGAACAAACGGAACAAACGGUACCCGACAACAUAAUGCACUGCAAAGGAAAUCGGCCAACGACGAACGGAUAAACGAGAACAAAGCUAAACAAGCAAAGCAAAAACUCAUACAAAAAAAAACAAAUCUGUAAUGGAUUACUAUAUAUAUAUACAUACUUAUAUAAUGAUACUUUUUGAGCUAUUUCACGUAAAUUAUAUAGAGAUAUACAUUUAAAGGGGCAAAUAAAAAAAAACUGGCAAACAAACAAAGCAUACAAACCCAAUCCCUUUCUCAUAAGUGAAUCAUGAGUAUGGCAUAGUGCCAGAUUGGGGCAAACAACAGAGCACGUCUUUUAAACUUGAAGAAAAAAAAACGGGAUUGUGACAACAUUGUAACGGAACUGGGGACUGCAUGCAUCCCACAGCAUGGAUAGAUAUACACACACAUAAAUUAUAUACAUUAUAUACAUAUACAACGUCAAUACAGUGUCCCUCCCUUCUUCCCAAAGAUUAAACACACAAAUCCCACGGUUUACUGUACAACUCUUCAUCAGCAGUCUCACACAAUUAUGAAAACACAUUAUACUAUUGUACCGCGCCCCACCAACACUAUUCCCUGCAGUUACUGCAGCACAAUCUUAUCGAAAACACAAAUAUACAGACACUGUUUAACUAGUUGUGGUUUGCGGACUUUUGUUUUUUAGUGUGUGCACUGUGCACGUGUACGGUUUUAUAUAGCAGCAACCGAUGCCGGUACACCCCGUACCGCUUGGCACAGUGUUUGCACAGCGGUACGGAAUUGUGUUUAAGAAGAUCCACCACGUGGAAGAGACGUUUUGUCGUGGGUGAUUAGCAUGCUUUGAUGAGUGUGCAUUUUUGCUGUACAAAUUGCAUACCUUAGGGCGUGGUUGGCCCAUUGGCCCACAGGUCUACAUACAGGCGCAAUGCGCCGAAAGUAUGCAAUGCGUGCAACAAAAAUGACGCAUUACUGGCAUGCUAACGAUUCAUACGUGUUUUUACAAUAAAAAAAAACGAUCAUUUAUCAUAUUACAACAGCAACAAAAAGUGGAAAACAAAAACUAAGAAAAUGGAGAUAACUCUUACUACACGAACUCACUAAGCUGGGCCUGAAUAAAGUGUGACCUGCGCUGGCAGCUAGAACAGGAGCAUCCAAACUGCUACACUUAGAGUUGAAAACUGUACUGUUAAAUAUUUACCAUACGUGAGCCUCUGUUCCAAAGGAAUUAGAAGAGUGAGGGUGAGAGAUGCAAGGUAGAUAGGCGAGCAGUAGCUGACUGGAGCACCACUCCACAGUGGAAGGGGAGUGGAAGAAGAAAAGUUAGACAAAAACACACUCACACACAGAUGCAUAUUCAUAUUUAUCUUUAUGUAACUAAAUGUCCAAAUUCGUUACACCUCAAUACACUAGCACGGCCUCCAAAAUGGAGCUAGCAGCAGCAACCGAUGCAGAAGAAGAAGAAGAAGAAGAAGAAGAAGAAGAAGAAGAAGAAGAAGAGGAUGUGCAAAACUCUUAUAAUGCGAAACCAAAUACAACAAAACAAAAAAAUGCACAAACAAAACAAAAAAAACACUCAAACUCAAUACACAUCAAUGGCAUGGUGACGAAUAAAUAUACAUAAAUAUAUAUUCUCUAUGUUUCUUUUUGAAAAGAGCAUAAAAGCAAGCAACAUUUACUGGUUUGGUUUGGUUUGGUUUGGUUUUGUCCGUCUAAUUUCUCCUUCCAUUUGGAACCGUUGCAUUCGAACUGCACAGGAAAAGCGCAUCAAAUUGCGCAUGAGUGUGUCUGUGUGUAUGUCUGUGUAUGUAUAUUGAUGUAUGUUUGUGUGUGCAUUCGGACUGGCGGCAGGAAUGGGUUUGCAUGGCAAAAGAAACUACAGCAAAGUGCAUUUUUUUUUUUUUUCAAAGUAUGAGCGUGA